AGGCCAUAAAUAAUACCACCACGCCACUCCCUCCUCCCCGCCUCCAAGCUCCAGACCCUCCUCCUCAUCCUCCGGCACCGCCGCCGCCGCCGCCGCCGGAGCUGAGGAAGACGAUCGAGCUAUAAUAUAUAUAGCUAGUGUGUGCUAGCAGCAAGCAAGCAACCAUGGCGAAGGAGGCGUUCGUGAACGGGUUCCUGAGCGUGUUCAUGCACGUGGGGCUGUCGCUGGUGCUGCUCGUCUACCUCCCCGUCUCCUUCGUCUGCCGCAUGCUGUCCAGGCUGCUGGUCAGGCCCUUCGUCUCCGGCGAGGACCUCCGCGGCAAGGUGGUUCUCGUCACCGGCGCCUCCUCCGGCAUCGGCGAGCACCUGGUGUACGAGUACGCGAAGAAGGGGGCGUGCGUGGCGCUGACGGCGAGGACGGAGAUCGCCCUGCGCGCGGUGGCGAAGACGGCGCGCGACCUCGGCUCGCCGGACGUCCUCGUCGUGCCCGCCGACAUCACCAAGCUCGACGACGCCAAGCGCGCCGUCGAGGAGACCGUCGCCCACUUCGGCAAGCUGAAUCACCUGGUGGCCAACGCAGGGAUCUGGUCCAGCUGCUUCUUCGAAGAAAUCACCAACAUAACCGCCUUCCAAAACGUUAUUGAUCUCAACUUCUGGGGCGCCGUGUACCCGACCUACUUCGCGUUGCCCUACCUGAAAGCCAGCCGUGGCAACAUCGUCGUCACCUCCUCCGUCGCCGGCAGGGUGCCGACGGCCAGGAUGAGCUUCUACAACGCGAGCAAGGGCGCGGUGAUAAGGUUCUACGAGACCCUGAGGGCAGAGCUGGGGUCGCAUGUCCGCGUCACCAUCCUCACGCCGGGCUACGUCGUCUCCAACCUCACCAUGGGCAAGGGCAUCCAGAAGGACGGCCAUGUCGGCAUCGACGAGCAGGCUCGCGACAUCAACGUGGGGCCGCUGCCGGUGGGGAAGACGGAGAUGCUGGCGAAGGUGGUGGUGGCGGCGGUGCGGCGGGGGGACUACUACGUGACAUGGCCGGGGUGGUACUGGCCGUUCCACAUGGUGAUGUGCGCCGCGCCGGAGCUCGUCGACUGGUUCUCCCGGGCCUUCUACGUCUCCAAGUCCAGCGACCACGGCGGCGCCGCCCUCAGCCAGAAGAUCCUGGACGCCGUCGGCGGCAAGAAGUUCCUCUACCCCAAGACCAUCCGCUCCCAGGCCAUCGCCGCCAGCUAGCUCUUCCAUGGACGACGUCGACCUACCCAAAGCUAGCUGCUACAAGUUAAUUUAAUUAUACGAAUUAAUAUGAUGAUAAUUUGAUGAUAUAUGUGAUUGGUUUGUUUCUAGCAAGAAAUUUGAUCAGUUAAAAUUAAGGAAUGGGAGAAAUAGGUGCCCGAAGUGAACAGAUGGAUAGUGUGUUCUUUUUCUCUCCUUUUAUUUACUUUUCUUUGGGGUUUUUAACUUCUGGCUUUUUUUUUUCAAUUUCAAAGUAAGCAGUGUGAUGUGAAUCUAUACGGAUGUAAAAACGGGGUGUGGAUGCAAUUGAUGUAUGGAGUACCUAAAUGAAAGUAUUUAUUGCUCUCGAGAAGAAA